AUGACAAAUCAGCCGCAGUCGAAGAUCAUUAAGGAGAAUCCUAUUGGGAAAGGCCUUGAUGCCUUCCGCGCCUCCUUCCAUUCGGUCUGCGAAAGCGCAAGCCUCCCCCACUGCCCAGACGCGCUGCAGCAGCUCAGCCGAGAAGAUCUCCAAAACCUUACCCUUGUCCUUCUCUCGACUCUACAGAUCCUUCCAGCAUCUCGCCUGCUCCGUUCCAGCGGCAGUGGCAAGAACCUCUUCAGCGAUCUAUCGAGACUCAACUCCGCCGUCAACUCCGACGACUUCGACCUCGACAGCGUCAAACCCCUCCUCAGGUCGGCCAUUACCGACGAUAACGAUGCCCUCAUCUGGAAAGAAGUCUACAACGCGGUCACCGAACCUACCCCACCACCCCAGCCCAUAGCCUCCUCCCUUCAGCAAACCCCGUGGCUUCACAAUACGAGCAGCUUCGCGAACUCGUCCGAGUUCCGCAAAGAUAUAGACAGAGUCCUCAGAGAUGACAUCCGAGCCGUCUUCAAGAAGUGCAUGGAGGGCGGCGAACCACUUUUCAGUGAUGGGUGGGGCGGAUGGCCGAGAGAUGCAAAUCAAGACGAUGGCUCGACUGCGGAACGUAAGUUGGACGUCGGCUUCGUGGACAACCCAAAGGCCGGGAAGGACUCACGAUGCCACUGCAACCCAGCGGCCGACACGGCGGCGAAGGCGUGGUUAGACCUUGGCACGUACGCGAGGGAAGUCCUUGCCGCUCAAGACACUCGUCGCUUUCGGUUCGACAUCAACGAAGAGGGGUUGCGGUUUGUGUCUACGGUCCUCGGGUUUCUCUGGAUGAAUGUAGAGGAGCUCGGCUUCGAUUCAACAUUUGCAACGCUCAACGGCCAGCGCACGUUGCGUUGCCGGUCGGGCUACAACAUGUUGGAAGCUCAUCGCGAAGGGCAGCCACAGAUACCGCUAGUCAUCAAAGAUUCAUGGCAGUAUCCGGAACGCGGAGGACUAGACGUCACCAGCGCCACGAACUACCGGCUGGGACGGUCAGCCCCCCGGUCGAGUGCGAUGGCCUUAGUUUCGCGAAAAGGCCGUAGUAGUAGUGUAGCUGCUGGUAAGAAACGAUCGUCCAGUCAAGCCGGCGUCCCUCUGCCAAACAGCAAGCGGUCUUGCUCGGCAUCUCAAGCCAGCGGCAAUCUGUCAAAUCGGGUGCAUCGUCGUGUCAUUCUUCGCGACUACGGAACUCCUAUCUACAAGGCCAGCUCCCGGACGUCUCUGCUUGCCGCGCUUGACGAGCAACGAGAGGGCGCAUCGGGAGCCAAAAGGAAGACUGGCACGAGGGCAUUCAUGGCAAUCGGGGCGCUUCUAGACGAGCAACAUUCCUUCAUGCACGAUCUCGAGUCAUUCUUUUGGCACAGAGUCGUCGCACGGUUCGACAAGUGGAAUUACAUCGACACCGAGGAGUUGGCGGAGCAGAAGAAAGGGCAAGUAUCUCAUGAGGGGGACUUCAUCAGGACCGCUAAGGAGAAUUUUACUCCUUAUUAUCAACCAUUGAUACCUUGGAGAGAGGACGGAGGGCUAUAUAUUCGGAUGCGGCAGAUCCUUCAGGAAGCCCAAACGGAUCCGACUACCUAA